AGUGGCAAGAUUAUCUGACUAUUCCAUGCAUACCCUGCACAGUAUUCACACGAUACUAUAGAAAUAUUAUGUCAGUAUUGUAUUUCAUAGUGCACAGAAUUGUCUUUUGUUUUGAUAGUCAGAAAGAAGCCCUGAAAAAGAAGCUAGAAGACUUCACUCUGGAUAAUCCAGAUGUAAAGAAAAUCAGUAUCCUUGUAGCUGGACAAAUUGGAGCAGGAAAGUCCAGCUUUAUUAACUCCAUCAAUAGUGCCUUUCAAGGACGGAUCACCUCUAGAGCGCUAGUUAAUUCAUCUGCUGGUGACAGUCGUAGUUUCACACAAGACCUGAAAGGAUUCACCAUCAAAAGUAGGAAAAAAUCUUUGCCCUUCGUCUUCAAUGAUAUAAUGGGCUUAGAACCUGAUCAACUGACUGGGUCGCAUAUAGAAGAUCAGUGCUGUGUUUGGCAACGGCUAUUCAACCAGAAGCAGACACCCACUUAUAAGGAUCAACAUUACACCUGUGACCCUACCCUUUCCGAUCAGGCUUUCUGCCUAGUUUAUGUUAUAGCCGCAGAAACAGUCCAAUUCACAGAUGAACGACUUAAGAAGUUGAAGAUCACAGAGAAUGAGAGAGCUAAGGGGAUUCCUCAAGUGGUUAUCAUGACCAAAGUGGAUGAAGCAUGUCCGCUGGUCAAAAAUAAUCUAAGGAAGAUCUACAGUAGCAAGAAGAUCAAAGAGAAGAUGGAGACGUGCAGCGCCGAAACAGGUGUGCCAUUGACAAACAUCUUCCCAGUGAAGAACUACCAUGAGGAGAUUGACACAGAGGAUGACAUUGAUGUUCUGAUACUGAAGGCACUUGAACAGAUUGUUCAGAUUGCCAAUGUUAGAUUGAAGGACAGCAAUGAUAAAAAUGAUUCUGUGGUGAAGUAAAUUCUACAGAAAAAAAACAAAUGUAUUUUCUAACUGAAUAACUUAGUUCAGGCAAGAAUUAAAAAAAGGGAAAAUUCUAUAAUAGUACUCAAUUUAAGCCUGUAGAAAUUAAAGUGUAAAUAUCAACAUUAUCAAAUAAAGUAAAACUACUAAAUGUUCUGAUAAUGGUGUUCCCAUCAUGCACUCGGCCAUGACUAAUUAAUAAGGUUGCAUUUUUCACUGUUUUCCUGUAUUUAUGCUGUUUUAUAAUUGCUUUUGUUGUUAGGUUUAGCAACUUUUUGUUUUGUGCAUCUAGAGUUCAUUUUCUACUCAAAAUGACACAUUCAUAUUCAAAUGAUCCAUCGAAUGUUAUUGUUAUUGUGUACCAAGUAUUGAGGUCUCUGUGUUCAGGUGGGUAACACAUUCUGUUAUGUAGAUAUGUUGUCUACACAAUAUCUACUGUAUUAUUUAUUUAGAUGUUUUAAGUGUUAUAUUGUUUGAGUAAAAUGUACUUGAGUAUUGCAAAGUAAACUUCAACUACUCAAGUAGAAAUUACUUAAACUUUAAUUGGCCUAGUUCCAUUUCGAUACUACACUCGUACUACGCAAUGAAAGAAAACUCCUUUUCUCAGAUUUCUGAAGCCUUUUUCAAUCACACAGUGAAAUUGCACUGCCAUUGGUUCGUGAAGUUGAACAAAAACGAACCAAUGACGACUCACUAUGGUGAGCGAGCUCGUCCGUGCCCGCCAAAAGGGGCAGGGUAUUAGGCUAUAUAAGUGAGCGUCUCACCUAGGCAGACAGAUUCAUUCUCCUUCAGCGACGGUGAUCACUUCUCUUCACUGGAUCUUAGGACUUGAAGCCGUCUUCACCUGCAAGCAGCCAAAAGCUUAAUCAGCAUAGUGAAGCCUCUCAUCCAUUG